UCGUCUCUGUAAUAAACUUUCAUCUAAUGCGUGACAUUUUAAUAUAAAAAUUAGGACAAUAACAUAAUUUUGUUGCCGACAUAGACCGUGUUCCAUAAAUAUGUUGCACAACAAUUUCGAGAGAGUUUCCCGAGUCCACGGUGACGUGCAAUGUCAUCAGAUGAGAAAUAUACUUGAGGAAAGAGAAGGAAUGUGACACGAUGAAAAAAGUGAAAAAAGAAAAGACGGAAAGAAGAGUUUUGACUCGGCGAGAUAUUUGAUCGUUGCUCGCGGCCUGUAUGCUCCUCGAGACUUCAUCAUCGCGUCUUUAAUUAAUUUCUUGACCAAUUUUAAACGACUCAUUUGGGGACAAGGAAGUUCGUGGAUAAACGUAUACACGCUUCGUCGUUUCAUCAGAUAUUUACAUCACACUUCAGUCUCCGCUCAGUCGUCUCUCAAGCGAGAUCCAAGUAACACGGUGUCCCAAAAUUAUUCAAACUUGUACUCCGAAAGCAGCACCAGUUUUAGUCGAUUAUUAUAUUUUUUUUUUCUUCUACCACUCAGAGAUUUUUCAUCUCGGCAUACGUAAUAAUCGACGAGCAUUAUAUCUAUUUUAUCUAAAUUUUGCAACAAUAAGUAAACCGAGUGCUUUAUAAAAUGCCAAGUAGCAAGACUCGAAUUGCUAUAAUUGGAGGUGGUGUCGCCGGUCUCGUUGUUGCUCGUCACGUUACCUCCAAACCUGAAAACUAUAAUGUCACCUUGUUCGAACAAACUGAUCAGGUAGGAGGUACAUGGGUUUACACCGAUGACACCGAGUUCGACAGGAAUGGGCUUUCCGUUCACAGCAGCAUGUACAAAAAUCUCAGAACGAAUCUACCCAAGGAAAUAAUGCAGAUCCAAGAUUUUCCUUUUCAAGAGAAAUGCGACGCAUCGUUUGUCCAUCACAGUGCGAUAAGACAGUAUUUGUUAGAGUAUGCAAAACAUUUUAAUUUGUUCCAUCAUACCAAGUUGAAUACUCUCGUGAAACAUGUUACGCCGGAAAGCCUGGCGGACGGUCAAACGAUAUGGACGAUAACGUAUAUGGACGUAAUUUCGAAGAUCGUGAGCGUGAAAACUUUCGACGUGGUUGUAUUGUGCAACGGACAUUAUACCGUUGGCAAUAUUCCACCGAUAAAUGGUAGCGAGACAUUUCCUGGGGAUUGCAUUCACAGCCACCAGUACAGAUACCCUGAAAAAUACGCGGGGAAAAAAGUAUGCGUUCUCGGUGCAUCUUGGUCGGGAAUCGACAUCACAUUGGAAAUCUGUAAACACGCUGAAAAGGUUUAUCUGAGUCAUAAUUUGCCGGAGCCGCUGGAUGCUCAUAUGGCGAACAACGUUGAGCAAAAACCAGGAAUAAGUUCCAUCAGCGGCAACACAUUCAUCUUUCAAGAUGGUACAUCCGCGGAUGUUGACGAUUUUAUAUAUUGCACGGGAUAUCAAUUCACGUACCCGUUUUUGUCUGAAAAAGUGAAAAUCAAAACGGACGAGAAUAAUGUCGAACCGAUUUACAAACAUCUCGUUCAUUGCGAUUAUCCGAGUCUUUUCUUCAUGGGAAUACCCGGUAUUGUGAUACCGUUCCCGAUGUUUCACAUUCAGGCACAGUACAUACUCCGCUUACUUGAGGGACGUGCCGCAGUUUUACCAUCGUCCAUCGAGAUGCAUGAACAUGUUCAGAGAGAGAAAAAAGCUCUCAUGGAUCAAGGGAUUCCGGCUCGACACAUAAACAAAAUGAAGGAACGACAAUGGGCGUACUACGACGAGAUUGCGAAAUUAGCGAACGUACCGUCGUUUCCUCCGGUCGUCAAGAAAAUUUACGAUCAUACUAAUGCGAUGCGACUGAUAAAUUUCACAACAUACAAAAAUUAUCGCUACAGAAUCGUCGAUGCUGAAAACUUUACUGUAUCCUACUGUAAACCUUGUUAGGGUCUACGGGUGAGAGUAUUAAAUAAUAAAAACCUUUUAUAUGGA